AUGUCAAGGUACGACAGGAGAAGGGUCAAUGGACCGCCUAGCUAUGUUCCUAUCUACGACUCGGCCAGCUCCACCGCUGCCAUCGCAUCCACCUCGGCACCCAUCGCAACCACAUCGCAGCUGAGACCUGACAAGCGGUCAUACGCCGACCUGAGGCCCAUUUUCCUACAAACAAACCUCGUUCCGUCUGCAUCAGGCAGCUCGUAUGUCGAAAUUGGCGAUUUGAAGCUUGCUUGCUCCGUGUUUGGUCCUCGACAGGUCAAAGGACGACAGUACAGCGGCAAGGCAGAGUUGAACGUCGAGGUCAAGUUUGCGCCCUUUUCGAGCCGGAGGAGGAGAAAGCCAGGGAAGACGACGGAAAGCGCGCAUCUCUCGAGCGUGCUGCAUCAAGCGCUGCUGCCAUCUUUGCGGCUCGACUUGCUGCCCAAAGCGUCGCUCGACAUCCACAUUAUGGUACUCCAAACGGAUGGGUUGGAGGAAUGCUGCAUCGCCGCUGCGUGUAUCGCUGCGUCAACCGCGCUUGCUUCAGCGGGCAUCGAGAUGUACGGCAUUGUCGUAGGGACCGUCGCUCUCAUCCCUUCGUCUGUUGAACUAGCUCACGACAAACGCAUACUUCUCGACCCGAGUUCAGCCGACCUUGGGCUCGUCUCGGGCAUGAAGACCGCUUCGAGAGUGCUCAUGUGUGGCAUGCCCGCCUUGGCUUCGGUGACGUGCCUGAACGUCUCAGCUGGUUCAAACCAGCUCAUGUUGAAGAGCCAAAACCCACGAAGCAUGUCGCUAUGCGCCGGCGUCGAGGCAGAUACCCUCGACGAAGCUCUCGCCGCCAUUAACGCAGGCUUGGUCGACAUCCACAAGGUCGUCGCUCAAGCCCUUGCUGAGGACUUUCAACGUCGAAGCGCCUUGACGAACUCGAGCACUCCGCACUGA